AUGGAGAACAAAACUUCUAUCAACAAUUUUGUUCUCUCGGGUGUUCCCAAAGAUCCACAACUCCGGACUUUCCUCUUUUUUGUGUUUUUAAUUAUUUACUUAAUCACACUUCUGGGGAACAUGCUGAUUAUGCUGGUGAUAAAGACUGACCCUCACCUUCACACCCCCAUGUAUUUUUUCCUGUUUCAUUUGUCCAUCCUGGAUAUCUGCUAUUCCUCCAUCACUCUUCCUAACAUGCUGAAGAUUUUUUUAACGGAUGAGAAAACGAUUUCUUUCAAUGGCUGCCUGGUGCAGAUGUACUUCAUUCUUCUGACAGGCUGCACUGAAAUUUUCAUGCUCUCCGCCAUGGCUUAUGACCGAUACGCUGCCAUAUGCCACCCGCUGCAUUACGCCACAACUAUGAACCUACAUGUUUGCAGUCAGUUGGUGGGUGGUGCCUGGUCUAUCAGCUUCAUUUAUUCACUGGUCAACACCGUUCCUGUGUCAUAUUUACAGUUCUGUGGGCCAAACCAAGUCAGCGGUUUUAGCUGCGAGCUCCCAUCCCUGUUGGACUUAUCCUGCACAGAGACCCUCAUCAAUGAAAUAGUCUUUACCUCUUCAGCGGCUAUUUUAGGAUUGAUUGCAUUCCCCCCUACUCUGAUCUCCUACGUGCGGAUCAUCUCUACCAUCCUAUGGAUGCGCUCCGUGGAGAGCCGCCGGAAAGCCUUCUCCACCUGCAGCUCCCACCUCAUUGUUGUCACUUUAUACUAUGGGACUGCUUUAUUUAGAUACUUGAGACCCAAUUCGGCCUCCUCAGUGGUUCUAGACAGGGUAUUACCCAUCCAGUACGGCAUCCUAACCCCCAUGUUAAACCCCCUCAUCUACAGCCUGAAAAACAAGGAGGUGAAAACAGCUCUGAGGAGCAUGUUGGGAGGGAAAUCUUUUAUUCCUCGUGUAAUAUAA